AUGUUGCCAUGCAUGCAGGUUCAGGACCAACUCGCAGAGAAACAUUUCUCUUAAUCAUACUACUUGUUGCUCUUCUAUCAUUUUCUAGCUUGAAUUUUACACUUGGUGGUUCUCGUUCCACCUUUCUGGGCGGCUAUGGCGAUAAAUCUUCAUCUUCGGCAAGCAACACUGAAGAUUUCACAACCGAACUCUUGAGAAGUCGAAUGUCAUGGGCUGAAGGAGCUGUUCCUCAGACAGAUGUACUGGCCCAUGUCCCAGGUUGGACAAUAUUCGACAAUUUGUAUGUCUUCAAUGGCACCGUCUACAUCGUCACAGAUAAGCCAGCGAGCGUCCCCGACCGUUCCCAUAUUACUUCUACUGCAGUGAAAAUAGCGAACGGUGCGGCUGCUAUUGCCAGUCGACUUCCCACGGACAAGGAACUUAGAGUGAUCAGCUCGAAAGAAGCAAGGUCACUUUUUGGUACCAAGGCUGAAAUUAUCGACGGAGUUUCUUGGCUUAUCAAUGAUCCACCACAAUUUAUUACUCAUUACUACCACUGGUCCGCCGAGUUGUUUUUUGGGUUUUGGCGCACGUAUUCAUCACUAGACCCCGCUGUGCCUUCGACGGGCAAUACCUCCCUCCCAGCCAUGCGACGUAUUGUGUUUUCACAUGCGGAUGCAGACCACUGGAGAGACUAUGCGUUAAUGAAUCAAUGGGUACUCCGCAGUGUCUUCCCAUCAAUAGCGCUCGAGUUUAACUCCGACUGGCAAGAUCGUGCUCAGAUGGGUGUGGCCUACGUCUUUGAUCGUGUUGUUUUCUCCGACAGAGCAGCUGCCAUGCAUGGAUCUCUAUUUCAGAGUACGGGACGGACUGCCUCAGAACCUUCUGCACUGGCAGGAAGUGUGCACUGGUGGAGCACAGUUCGGAAGAACGUCAUUCAAUUGUCUGGUCUUAGUGGGGACACUGGUCCCGCUACGACGCGUACGCCAGUGAUCACUUAUAUAUCUCGCCAAGAGUGGGGUAGACGAAUGUUGAUACCUGAGGAUCACGAUCGUCUUGUACAAGAACUAUAUAAGCUGCGUGAUACUUACGGUUACGAAGUCAACGUCGUUAGUAUGGAUAAACUAUCUCGCACCGAGCAGAUACAGCUUGCAGCGCGGACAACUAUAAUGAUGGGGGUUCAUGGUAAUGGAUUGACCUCCCUGGUUUGGAUGAAGCCUUCACCACGGACUACUGUCAUGGAGUUUUUCUUUCCUGGGGGAUUUGCUCAUGACUACGAGUAUACUUCCCGCGCGCUGGGCAUGACUCAUUACGGAUUCUGGAACGACCAUACCUUUACAAGUCCUGAUACCCCUAAGGUGGCAUAUCCAGAAGGUUUUCAAGGCACAAAAAUUCCUAUUGACGGCGCGGCCGUCGCUCGUCUGUGUGUGGAAAGGCUCUCAUUAGCAAAUUCUUGAAUAGGAAUGUAGGAUAAUCUACUUCCAUCCUCAGCGGACAUUCGAAGCCGCUAGUUAGACGGGCGGUUCCUUGUGGCGUUUACUCCGUUGUUUUCGUCAGGUCAAGGUUAGCAUUCUCCAUGAGCGUAAUUUAGAGUUGAUAUGCUUCGUAAUAGUACUUCAUUUUGACACGAGUUAUGCUGGUUCGUACCUUUGCACAAAUGAGAAGGAACAUUCACGUAU